AUGUCCAGCUCGCCCUCACACGCCGAAAAUGCCGCACAUGCGGCGCUGCUGAGCGACCGGGCCCAUGUCCAAGUCCAGCCCGACGACGAUGCAGGCGUUGGCUCCGAUGCUGCUGUCGAUGCAGCAGCAGUCGAUCCUGUUACCUGUACACCUACGAGCGCACCCACGAGUACCGUAACUCAUACACCCCCGGCCCCGGGUUGUGAGGCCGCCGCUUCUGCUGCCAGGGAGGGCCUGAAACCGAGCCCGAGCCCAAACCAGAACAGCCAAAGCCAAAACCAGGAUCAGGACCACAGCCAGAGUCAAAGCCAGACCCAGUACCAGACGGACGGGAGCGGAGCGGACUCCUCCUCACCCUCCUCCUCCUUGCCCUCUCCCUCUCCUCACACACCGGCAGCAACUCAUAUAAAGCCUGCCCCUAGCGUCGCAGCCCGCCAGCGCCAGCAGGGCCCUUCGCUGCUUUCACAGGCCCUGGCAUCUGCUCGAGGCAUCCUGCGCACCAACUCGACUCCCAGCCAGCCAGACAAGUCGACCCGAUCUACACCUGCCACUGCCGCCGUCACUCCGCCUGCCCUUGAUAAUACGAGGCCUGUUCGGUCCUCGCCUGCCACCCCCUGGACUGAGCCGCGAGAUGCAUCAGACUACAUCGACGUCGACGGCGCCUUGACGCGAGGCGAACCGCAAUCCACUACAAUGGCCACCACAAUGGCCACAAUGACUUCUACCCUCCCGGUGCGAGACCGUGCUGCUCCUACGUCGUCGUUCAAGUCCGAGAUCCUGUCCCACGCCAACGAAAUGCUUUUGGAGCACCGCGAAUUCCUCGACCGUACCCGAAGUAGGGCCUCUGUAUCGCUUGACCAAGAUCCCAAGCUCUCGGGACUACCGCACCAACACAAUCACCCACAUUCCCACUCAUCAACCCCCAACGACUCAAUAACACCCACCAACGGCAGCUACACUAGUGCUGUAGUAUCCCCUGACCACUCCACCGAUGCGGGAGACGAGACUGAUUCACAAGACUCUCACCAUGAUCGUCACAAAGCACCUACUGCCACCGAGAAGACGGAGAAGAUUUGGUCCAUUGGCUCUGGCGAUGGUAGCGAAGAGGAUGGUCUAGUGGAACAAUCAGUCGCCGAGGCCAUUGCGGGUGUGGAACACAAUGCACGCAGUCGCAAGUCCAGCUACAGCUUGCGCUUCUUCAAGGAGGGACUUCCUCCAGACGACAAGACACGGCGCAAGGAAACCAGAACCUCGCAUCGCGAUAAGCAUGUGGCUACGAUAGACGAAGAGCCUACUACUUUAACCGAGAAACAGCCACUAGAACAGUCGCACAAAACCGCAAAGGCAACACCGACAGCAGACACAAGAGCGCCUGCAAAACCGACUAGGACCGAGUCUUUUCCAGCACGGGUUUCUGAUGUAUUGCCUCUGGUCGCCUCGCCCCUUGAAGAGACCAGCUUUGCGCUGCAGCAAAAGGAACAAGAUGGCGAAAGGCCUUCUGCACCGCAAUCAUCUCUUCAUCAUAACGAGGCCAAGCUGGAGCCACCGCUUCAUCAUGAGGUGGGGCCGGACACGGCUCAAGUCGCCGAGGUGGAGAAGCAGCGGACGUCACAUGACUCCGAGGUCGGCCAUUUUGAUGCCUCCGGACACAAGGAUGGAGGCGCAGCUGCCGAUGCCGAGGCUGAUGUCAAAGCCAAAAUCGAUGAUGCUGAGACCAAAACCAAAACCGAUGCCAAGGCCAUUGAGCAGAGCCGGGUCAGCGGUCACGUAAAUGACCACGCUAAUGGCAAGGCUCAUACCGACUCUGACGCGGACACUGACUUGGAGGCAGAGGCCGACGAGUCUGGCGAGGAAAAGAUUUCAUCCGCCGUCUUCCACCCCCAUCAGGAACUGGAUGACGGUCGUGCAAGCGUGAGUGAGGGUAGUGACAUUGAUGUGGUGCGACGGCCGAGGUCGCGCUCACAGACCAAGAGUCAUCCCUGGCUAGUCAAGGCCGACGAGCCUGAGCCCGAGAUUGAGAAUAAGGAUGAGAGUUCCUACCAGGUUUCGCAUGUUGCCUCCCGUGAGAGCCUUGUUUCACGUCGUGCAGAGGCCCCGGCAGAGGUCCAAGUCCCGACCGAAGCUGCCGUGGACGUUGACAAUGAAGUGAACCAAAUCACCCCUACUAAAAUCUCCCGAGCCGUGACCCAUCAUGAAGACCAUGUCCAUGACCACCAACACCAAGCCCGUCGACCCCUAGAGGCCAUUGAACUCAUUCCAUACAAACAUCAGGUCGGCGGCCACAAUACGCUCUGGCGAUUCUCUCGCCGAGCUGUCUGUAAGCAGCUCAGCAACCGAGAAAACGAAUUCUAUGAAACCAUUGAACGAUAUCAUCGUGAUUUACUGCCAUUCCUUCCUCGGUACAUUGGGGUGCUGAAUGUGACAUUCAAGAGGAAGCCUCGGAGAAAGAGCACCGUUCGAAAAGAUGAGACGGCGGAUAAGCGCCAGCCGGAGUCUAAUGGCAGUAACGAGGCCGAGCAGACAACAUCUACCCCUGCGCGGGUCAUUAGCCAAUCACUUGCCAGCUCCAACGUUCCCAUUCCCACCGUGACAUUCGACGAUAAUUGGCACAUUCUUCCUCGCAACCUUCUCCAGCCAUCGCCCGUCCUGGAUCCGGCGCACCGCCGGAGCACGUCGCUCUCCAAGAUAUCACCCGCGUCGCCCCUCUCGUCCAAGGUGCCGGUGCGGCCUCCCAUGGAAGAGCGCCCCAACAGUUGGGGAGCAACGACGGUAAACAAGCGACUGCGCAACGAGGUGUUCAACGACGCAUUCCUUAAGCAGCCAAUCGAAGUUCAGAAACACCGGCGCCCAUAUCAGCGACCCGUCCCUUUGCCAAAUCUUCAGCGACUGCUCCGAACCAGCAACUCCGACCCCAGCCUUGCUGAGAAGCGUAUUAACAAUGCGGAAAGCAAACCUGUUGCAGCCAGCCCUCUCAAGCCACUGACUCCACUGGUACAGCAGAUGAGCGAUCCCGAAUCUCAGAUCAACCAUCUCGCCGCCGAGCAACGGGAAGAGCCUGUUGAGGUCAAGGAUGUCACGGGUACUAGUGCUCCCGAACCAGAGACUUUGGCGGCCAAUCCUUUGCUGGCCAAAAAGAAGCGUAGGUAUUCUGGAAGCGGUCUUCGGCGCAAGCCGCAGGAUGUCCGAGAUUCGAGGGGAGAUCUCAAAUAUUUUGAGGAGGCGGACGAUGCAGAUUACAAGCGCGACCGAGAUGGUAACAAUGGUGGCGAAGGAGCCAAACAAAAUACCGCCCCUACUACCUCGACUACAACUCCUGCCAACGAACCCCUCGAUAUGGUGGUGGCCGCUACUACAACUGCAACUGCAUCUAGCACCAACCAGGAGCCUGACUCUACUGAUAGCAGUUCGACGGCUGUCCAGCAGGCCCUUCAGCAUCCAUCGGUGGAAUUCGCGCAGGUGCUUCGACCAAAUAACCCCAAGGAAGCCAAAACUGAGCGCGACAGGGUGGAAUACUUUUUACUCUUGGAGGAUCUCACUGCUGGCAUGAAGCGACCGUGCAUGAUGGACCUCAAAAUGGGAACGCGCCAAUAUGGCGUUGAAGCGUCUCCUAGCAAGCAGAGAUCCCAGCAAGAAAAGUGCAGGACGACCACCUCGUACGAGCUUGGGGUACGCAUCUGCGGACUGCAAGUCUGGAACGUCAAGACACAGACAUAUGACUUUCAGGACAAGUACUUUGGCCGAAAAGUCCAGGCGGGCAACGAGUUCCAGGCCGCCCUUACCAAAUUUUUGUACAACGGUGUCGAUUUGCACUCCAUCCUUCAUCAUAUCCCAGUCAUAUUGAGGAAGCUUUCACAGCUGGAGCAGAUUGUCAGCGAGCUACGCGGCUAUCGCUUCUACGCUGCGAGUUUGCUCAUGUUCUACGACGGAGACACCUCUGACGAGAACGGAGGCUAUGAGACGGCGUAUGACUCCAUGACAGACGCCGCGACUGAUACCGAGGAGACGAUCCGGAAGAAGAGAAAUAAGCGUGAGAUUGAUUUCAAAGUAGCAGACUUUGCCAACAGCCUCACGCCGCUGGACAAGGUGGAAGACAAACCAUGCCCACCUCAGCACCCUAACCAACCGGAUCCUGGCUUCCUCAAGGGGCUGCGAAGCCUGAAGAAGUACUUUUUGCAGAUUCAGCGAGAUACGAGAGCCGAAUUGGGGCUUGAUCCUCGCGGAUGGAGCUCAUCCCAGGGCCUUGAUGCCAUGGACGAUGAAGAAGACGACGGAAUGAUUAGUGUGUAA